AUGAACGAAUGUUCCGCGCCCAGCGACCACCUCCAAAAUCGCACGCCCAUCGCGGGGAUGAGUGCGCCGCAACCAGACCCCCAGAGCGACCGGGAUGCGGUCGAGAACCCGCCCGCACCGGCGACCCCAAGUCCACCCCAUGCACCACAUGCAGUCCGAGAUCACAGCCCAAGCUCAGAGGGGGAGCGGCCUCCCUUACCUCCCCGACCGAAUACCCUCAACUUGCUAAACCACGAGUCGGCAUCCCGAGCAACCCUCCAAGCCGGGGCUACGACAGCCGUGUCGCGGGCGGAGAUCGAUUCACGAACACCAGAGGGAACAGGAAGUGCAUACUCGUCACUAGCAAUCCGCGGUCUAUCGCAAGGAUUGAAAGCGAAAGCGAGCCUAAGUCACCUGGCGAGCCCGCGGGGCAGUGAAGGGGACACGGCGAGUAUUCGGAGCUACGUUCACAACGGCGAUGUGGGAGAUGUCGAGGCCCUAUUCAAGGACUUUAUCACGUCUGCUCCCGGAGGUAACUCCAGAACGGGGAGCUUGCUUCACUUUCCCGAGUUUCCUGCCGAGGAUGCGGAUGAUGAUGGGGUUUUGACCGAGUUUGAGCCGGUCGGGGAGAUCGAUGAAGAUGCGAAGAACGAGGAUCUGCUCCUCCAGCGCUUCAAGGCUAAGCAAAAGCACUAUCUGAUCUUAUCUGCAGCGGGCAAGCCCAUCUGGACAAGACAUGGCGAUGGGGGUUUGAUAUCCAGCUACGUCGGGGUGAUUCAAACGAUCAUUUCAUUUUACGAAGAAGCCGGGGACCACCUACGAACUUUCACUGCCGGGGACGUCAAGUUUGUCAUUGUCACACAUGGGCCCUUACAUUUGGUUGCAAUCAGUCGGAUGAUGGAGAGUGAACACCAACUUGCACUUCAACUCGAAGCGUUGUACAUGCAAAUCUUAUCCACAUUGACACUUCCAUCCCUGACUCAUCUCUUCUCUGUUCGACCUUCUACUGAUUUGAAGCGACCGCUGCAAGGCUCGGAGACUCUUCUGUCUUCGCUGGCUGAUAGCUUUACCCGCGGGUCACCAUCGACUUUGCUGUCAGCGUUGGAAUGCCUCAAGAUCCGCAAACAGCACCGUCUGUCUAUUAAUAAUGCCCUGCUGAAGACCAAGGCGAAAAAUUUGCUCUAUGGACUGGUCGUCGCGGGCGGAAGGCUGGUCAGCGUUGUCAGACCAAAGAAGCACUCACUACACCCGGGAGAUCUUCAGCUGCUGUUCAAUAUGGUGUUCGAAGCCGACGGAGUCAAAGCCGGUGGCGGAGAAAGCUGGAUUCCUAUAUGCCUACCUGGGUUUAACAGCAGCGGUUAUUUAUAUAUGUACGUCAGCUUUCUCGAUCUCCGGAGUGAUGUCGACGAAAAUGAUGAAAUCUCGAAAGACGAGUCUGUUGCAAUUGUCCUCAUCAGCCCGGACAAAGAGAGCUUCUUUGAAAUGCAAGGGAUGCGGGACGCGUUUGUUGAACAAAUGGAGAAGAAUGGCAGUCUCAAAGUAAUAAGAGCUGCCAUUGACGAAGGUCGACCUGCCACGACCGAUAUUGUUCCUGGUGCCGUCCUUCAUCACUUCUUAUACAAAUCGAGGGCGAAUGUGCAGUUCACUAUGUCAUCUUUUGCCCCAACAUUCUCGUCGAUCUCCCGGCGUCGAAGGUCAGUAUCUGCUUCUCAGCACUUCCUAUCCUCCCUUGCUCCCUAUCAGUUCCUCUGUUACACGGCCUAA